AUGAAAUUACCCUGUAAAUUACCACAUUUCCUAAAAGUAUUUUUCACCACCAUCGCGGUACUGGCAGUCGCGGGUCGAUUGGUGGCCGCCAAGGAAAAGAAUGGCGAGGCUGUGAAAAAUCUGCCUGAAAAUGUUUCACAUUUGUCACGGACCACAGCACCGCACCAGAAUAUCGGUGUGGCGAAGGAUAAAACCCUGCAGUCACCAGCCGACCGACACUUAUCGAAGAAUCAUCCCUCCCGGCUAAAGGCUCAGUUCACAAUCGAUGACUUCGAUGGAUUCUUCCAGUCCGCAGAGAUUCAUCGUCAAGGUUCGCAACGAACAACUUUUAAUCCUUCGAAAAGGAACCAUCAGGAUGCACAUCUACUGCCAUACGCUGCCGACGCCAGUUUAACGCCAACGAAAUCCGAAAACAAUCAACCGGAAGCGAAACUUUCCCGUCAAAAGCUGAAGGACGGAAAAAUGCUUGUCAAUGAUGAGGACUAUGACGUAGUAGACGCCGCAAAGGAUGACUACUACGAUACUUCGGCAGUCGGUGGCGGUGAUAAUUAUGAGGAUGGCAAAAUAAUCAAUCCGGCUUCGUUGGACAGCUUAUUCGAUAUGAAAGGCCCUAACGAACAUCGAAGUGGCGUCGACGUUAAAAAUGGCGGACUCCAUGGUGACGACCAGACGCCGGAUUCCGUCGGCGAUGAUGAUGAUGAUGAGGACGACGACGAUGACGACGAUGAUGAAGGGGAGGAUGAUGACGGUGAGGUGUCGUACGGCGAGGAUGUGCUUCCGCCGAGUGAAGCGUUUGAUAGCUUCGGUGGGCGACCGGCAGGUGGUGGCGGGGGAGUGAGGGUGGAAGAGGCGCCAUACUUUCUCGUGGAACCGCAGAGCACUUUCGUCCUGCGCAGCAAACCGGCCUCUCUGAAGUGCAAAGCUGCCAACACGCUGCAGAUUCACUUCAAGUGCAGUGGCAGCAUCAAACCGCCGCCGUCUUUCGAGGAGUCACACGUAGAUCCUCACAGCGGGGUACACUUUCAGGAGGUGACGGCCAUCAUUUCACGGGAUCUGGUCUACGAGUACUUCGGUAAGCAGCCGUUCAGGUGCGAAUGUCACGCGUGGUCCCCGCGUGGGAAAGCCGUUAGCCAGCCGGCCUCCAUCAUGGUUGCCUAUUUGAAGAAACAUUUCGACAACCCUGAAACAAAGAUCCGAGCUGAAGCUGGAGAGAAACUGGAAAUCAAGUGCGUCGCUCCCAAAGGGUACCCAAAACCUGAAAUUACGUGGUUGAAGAACAACUUCACUAUUACGGCUAGUCCGAUGCUUACGUUCACGACAGAAGGCAACAUUGUGAUAACCGGCGUUAACCUACAGGACAUCGGAAACUAUACUUGUGUCGCAGAGAACAUUGCCGGUAAACGGACAUCAGAGUCGAUUGAAGUAAUCGUCUAUGUGAAUGGAGGAUGGAGUCAGUGGAGCGCGUGGCUAGAAUGUCGCUGUCCUGGAAAGGCUGCUCAAGGAAGAAAACGCACGCGAACAUGCAGCGAUCCAAUUCCUCUGUAUGGAGGCUCCCCUUGUAUUGGCCCAAACCAGCAGAAGACAGCUGACUGUGUGACCUGUCCGGAGGACACUCAAAUUAUCACACCAAACGGAUUUGAGGACAACACGUUUGUGCGCCGUUGGUCGGCGUGGUCGGCCUGGAGUUCGUGCACGAACAAAUGCACACAAUCGAGACGAAGAGUUUGCCAUACGCAGGGAAUAGACUAUUAUGACAAGGCGCUCGUGAAACGCCAUCAACAGUUGGCAGCCUUGAUGGAGGAUCACGACGAGCAGGACAGCAGCGCCUACGGCUGCCAUGGCAAGGAUCUGCAGACCAUCGUUUGCCGAGGUGGCGAAUGCAAAAUUGAUGACACAGCCUCCGAUUGGAUCUUUUACCUCGGGUUGGGUUUCAUCGUAACGCUCUGUCUGACGUUCUUGGUGUUCCUGGUGCACAUGCGACACCGGCAGAAGCUCCCGACGUAUUCAAUCACGCGAACAUCGCCCGAUCAGCAUCACACGUACACGCACGAGUUUCAGAAGAAACUGACGCACUCCUCGAAUCCGCCGGAUAUCAACAUUCGUGUGAACGGCUACGAGUAUUCGAACGGCAGCACGAUGGAGGCGCCCAAGAUCCCGAGCCAAAAUGUACCCUUGCUCCUGACCCGAUCUGUUUCCGAGCACCACUACGAUGAGCCGCAAUUUACAUCGGCUCAAACGAUUCAGGCCUCGAUGAAAGAGAAACCGAACAACGUCUACCUUCAGCAGUUGAAACAGCAGAGCUUCGAUUCGGUUCCACAUAAUCACUAUCAGCAUCACCAUCAGUGCCACUCCCUGGAACAGCAGGGUCACCUGCAGCGGCAAAUGGCGUCGCCAGCCACUCCAUCUCAAAAGGGUCAGUAUCGUAGCAGCGAGUCGCUAUCCGCCACGUCGGCCACCAACACAUCAAACUCGACGUACGCCAUCGCAACCACGGACUCGGUGGACACAUCAAGUUCGUCGAACGAAGCGAUGUACAAGUCCAACUCGGCCCGCCAGGUCGUCACCGGAGACGGCGGUUGGCUCGAGUUGGAACACCUGCAGACGUCGCUCUCGAUUCCGGAGGGCGCGUUACCGACCGCGCUGAAAAUCAAUGUUUUUCUCGCAGUCAUGUACGACUCCAAGGACACGAUACUGGUGGAGAACCAGGUCACGCACAUCAGUCCGACGGUGGUGUGUGGGCCGACAAAGAGUAACUUCUCCAAACCGCUCAUCAUCAAGGUGCCACACUGCGCGGAGGACAUUGCCGGGUGGAAGGUGUCCCUGUUCUACAAGGAGGAGGUGACGAACUGCUGGAAAAAGAUUGCUUCAUCCGAGAACGACGUGCCAAGUCCGCAAGCCUAUAUCCAGCUCGAUCCAAACAGUGCGUAUAUCAUGACGCGCAAAUUGGGAAAGUACAUUCUGGGCGGCGAAAGUUUGGCACCCGAAGUGGCCGUCACCAAGCGGCUGAAGAUCGUGAUGUUUGGCCCUGCCCGGAAGCCGGAGACGGACUUCCCCAUACGGGUCUACGUCCUGGAGGAUUAUCCGAGCGCGCUUGAGCAUUGCAAGGCCAUCGAGGGUCGGCUGGGGUACUUCCAAAUCGGCCAGAGCUCCGCGUUCCACUUCGCCAACAGUAAAGAGGCGAUGACGCUGCGCAUCAAUUGCUCGGGAGGCUGGUCGGCGGUGGCCGACGGCGCUGUCCAGAAGAUUCCUUUCAAUCACAUCUGGAAGAACAUGUCGAUACUGCACUGCGAGUUUCUGCUACAGAAAUUGGCCGACGAGAUGCCCUGCCUGCGGUUGGAGCUGGCCGCCGAGCAGGAUAAUGGCACGAAAGUGCUCAUCACAUCCGUUGCUUUCUCGUGAUAGUACAUUGCCCGUGCACUCCAAAAGCUGAUGACCAUUUAAAGGCUCGAGCUCAGCCUUAUUUAGAUUCUUAAAGAAAUACCUUUCUUUUCCCAGUAAAGUAGUUGCUGUUAGUUGAGCACCACGUUAGAAACAUCGCUAGGCGAUCGGCAAAACAAGGGACGGUUUAAAGUCCGAAGACCGACCGUCUUCACGCUCACGGUCCUUACACUCAAUAAACAAAAAUGGAACAAGUAGUAGCGGUGAAUAAAUAACAAUAUAUUGCGUAUAUAAAUAUUUAAAAUAGAGUUGUUGGUUGAUCUAAACAUACACGUAAUGUGUCCGUUCGGCUUGAGGGAAAUAAGUAACAAAACGAAUUACAGGCAAACGAUUACUACAAGAAAACGCCAAAUUAUGUAUCGCCGUUGUGCAAGUGUGAAAACAUGACCGAGUAAAGUGAAGAAACAGUAAUAAAAGGAAAAUACUCAAACAAAUGUUUAAAAGAAGAUUCGUAAUAUACUGUUUAGUCUCCCGUAUUGUUUGUCUUUCGUGCGCUGGGCUUUGUGAUGGCGGGCGAUUAGUAGAGAUUCUUCAGAUCACAAAUAGGACAAACCCCAUUGUAACAACUGUAGGCAAACAUUAUGUUUCACGUUUGGUUCUCUCAAAU